AUGAGCGUGGGCUUCAUCGGCGCGGGCCAGCUGGCCUGUGCGCUGGCGCGGGGCUUCACGGCCGCGGGCAUCCUGUCGGCUCACAAGAUCAUAGCCAGCUCCCCGGACAUGGACCUGCCCACGGUGUCCGCGCUCAGGAAGCUGGGAGUGAGCCUGACCCGGAGCAACAAGGAGACGGUGAGGCACAGCGACGUGCUGUUCCUGGCCGUGAAGCCGCACAUCAUCCCCUUCAUCCUGGACGAGAUCGGCGCCGACGUGCAGGCCCGGCACAUCGUGGUGUCCUGUGCCGCCGGCGUCACCAUCAGCUCGGUGGAGAAGAAGCUGACGGCCUUCCAGCCGGCGCCCAAGGUGAUCCGCUGCAUGACCAACACGCCCGUGGUGGUGCGGGAGGGCGCCACGGUGUACGCCACGGGCACCCACGCGCUGGUGGAGGAUGGGCAGCUGCUGGAGCAGCUCAUGAGCAGCGUGGGCUUCUGCACGGAGGUGGAGGAGGACCUGAUCGACGCCGUCACGGGGCUCAGCGGCAGCGGGCCCGCCUACGCGUUCAUGGCCCUGGACGCGCUGGCUGACGGCGGGGUGAAGAUGGGCCUCCCUCGGCGCCUGGCCCUCCGGCUGGGGGCCCAGGCCUUGCUGGGCGCUGCCAAGAUGCUGCUGGACUCAGAGCAGCACCCAGGCCAGCUCAAGGACAACGUCUGCUCCCCCGGGGGGGCCACCAUCCACGCCCUGCACUUCCUGGAGAGCGGGGGCUUCCGCUCGCUGCUCAUCAACGCCGUCGAGGCCUCCUGCAUCCGCACACGAGAGCUGCAGUCCAUGGCCGACCAGGAGAAGAUCUCCCCUGCCGCCCUCAAGAAGACCCUCCUGGACAGAGUGAAGCUGGAGUCCCCGACAGUGUCCACGCUGACCCCCUACAGCUCCUCCAUGGUCCUCACCCGAAGCCCAGCCCCGGGAGGCAAGAAGGACUAA